CAUAUAAACCCUUUAGGAGUCGAAUAAAAAUAAAUGUUCGGCAGCUCUGGCGCAUAACACUCGCAGCCAACUUCACGUUCAUCUAUCCAUUGUGAACUAGUCUUCUGGCAAGUAAUUAGUACGCAAAUCAACUAGAACAUCAUGGCCGACAAAGCUGCUGUUGAGAAACCCGCUGGACGCCCCAUGAGGUAUCCAUACACAUUCUCGGCCAAAAUUGCCCAGUUCCCGAUCAAACAUUACAUUAAGAAUCAGUGGAUCUGGCGCUAUUACUUUAUUGCGGCUGUCGCAUGCGUGCCUGUUUUCUACAAGAUCAGCAAAUUGGCAAACUCGCCCGGAAACAAAAAGGCCUGGGCCGAAUCCAAAGCCAAGGAGGCUGCAGAGCAUCACCACUAAGUUGAAAAGGAAGCGACGCUGCCAUUGGUUUAGUUUUAAAAAAUUACCUCUUUAUUUUUGAGCAGUUUAACAUGCAUUGGUGAAUAAAUGAGUUGGAAAAAUGAAAAAUA